AUGCUGAUCAACUUGUCCGCCGUAUGGGCGGCGUUUGCUCUCUCUGGAGUCCUGGCACCGCCAACAUGGCCGGCCUCCAUUGACGAGCUAGAAGACCUCAUGUUUCUCAACACCGGCUACCAUGCCCGAGGAUUCUCAGCCGGCGUCACUCCGUGCUCGUUUUCUCAGCAAGGCCCGUCUCGAGUCGCAUCCGCUGAGUGGGUGCGCACUGCCUUCCAUGACAUGGCCACAGGAAACUCCUUUACAGGUGUGGGCGGCCUGGAUGCCUCGAUCGUGUUUGAGCUGGGCGGCAAAGGGGGCGAAAACAUCGGGGCAGGGUUCAACACCACGCUGGAGACCUAUACCCCCUUCUUCUCUACGCGGUCUUCCAUGGCUGACUUGAUAGCUCUGGGCGUCUACACAGCCGUUAGGUCCUGCGGAGGGCCGGUCGUCCAGGUCAGGACCGGGAGAAUCGACGCCACCGCACGGGGGCCGAUUGGGGUGCCGCAGCCUGAGAACUCCCAGGGCACCUUUAUCAACCAGUUUACGCGUAUGGGGUUCAAUGUCUCGGACAUGAUCGCCGUCACUGCGUGCGGACACACGAUGGGUGGAGUCCACGCCUCAAACUUCCCCCAGAUCGUUGUCCCCGGGUCUGCGCCAAACGACUUUCAGCUGUUUGAUUCAACCGUUUCCUUCGACGAGAAGGUGGCAGUGGACUUUGUUGGCGGAGUGGCUGGAAACCCGCUUACUAGCACAACGGCGAAGCGAAGCCAGCGGGACGCAGAUAUGAAGGUCUUCACGGCCGACCGGAAUGUCACAAUCAAGGCAUUGGCGGACCAAGUUACUUUUCGAUCUACAUGUGCCAGAGUACUCCAGAAGAUGAUAGAGGUCGUUCCCUCGGGGGUGAACCUGACAGCCCCCAUAGCGCCCUACGAAGUGAAGCCAGGCAGGCUGCAGCUCUCCCUGGCUAGCAACGGCAGCACCAUCGCCUUCACUGGCGAAAUUCGGGUCAGAACCACUUCCCGGCCGGUCACUUCCAUCUCAAAGGUCGAGCUUGUCUACAAGGACCGUACGGGAGGCUCUAGCUGCGGAUCUUGUAUUAUCACUACUGAGUACAAGGGCACCGCUGAGGGCUUUGAUGAUUCCUUUGCUUUCUAUGGAUUUGAGGCCCGCUUCCCCGUCGAAACUGCCAUCUCUAAGUUCAAUGUACGAGUGGUUUUGAACACUGGAGAGACUGUUGUUUACAAUAACAAUGAUGAAGAGGACGACAAUAGGCUGAUAAUUUCACAAAAGGUCCGGAAAAAUGCCAAUACAGGAAGUGUUAAACUCUCUGUUACGACUAAAACGCCGCGAAGUUGCUGUGUGACUCCAGCCUUGACGACUCAGUCGGUUCCAAUGUCACCACAGACGACUGUUGGUCCUUAUACGCUUUAUGCUGGAAACCUUACCCUGGCAGCUGCGUACAGGUCCAAUGCCAAAUUUGAUGUCUCCCUCACGAGCGGCGGAGCAGUGAUAUCAGAUUCGUUCAAGAACACCGCAGACCUGAGCUCAACCUGUGCCCCCUUUGGCUCAAACGAUCCCACGAUGCCAGACUACACCUUUGAUGGAUGCUACACCGAUACCCCUGAGUCAAGGGCCCUCACGAGUGCUGCCUUUGUGAAAGAAAACAUGACGAUUGCCGCAUGCUCUAGCCUUUGCAAAGGCUACCAGUUCUUCGGCCUUGAGUAUGGAACUGAAUGUUACUGCGGAGACACGAGAAGUAACUCCAGCAUGCAAGCACCCAAGUCGGAGUGUAACCAGCCAUGCGGCGGUGAUAGCUCUGAGACAUGCGGUGCAGGAUACCGGAUAGCUAUCUAUAAAGACGACAAAUGGGUACCCAUCACCAGCCCUCAGAUACCGGGGUACAACUACACGGGAUGCUACAGCGACUCCCCCAGUAACCGAACCCUGUCAGGCAGCUUCACGUACAACGAAAAGAUGACGGUAGAACUGUGUGCCUCCUUCUGCAAUGGCACAAAAUACUUUGGCGUAGAAUAUUUCAGCGAGUGUUACUGUGGAGCCAAUAUGUUCCCUGGGAGCACCAUCCAGCCUGAAUCGGACUGUGGCUUCUUCUUCUCGGCGAACAAAACCCAGCACUGUGGUGGAAGCAAUAGGAUAAACAUUUACACAAAACUCGACAUGUGA